GAAAGAAAAUAAAAAUGACUGGGCGAGCCAGAGCCAGAGCCAGAGGACGAGCCCGUGGUCAGGAGACGGUGCAACAUGUGGGCCCUGCUGCUAAUCCGCAGCCGGGUUAUAUUCAGCCGAGACCACACCAGCUUCCAGCAGAGGGGGAAGGAGUUGGCUGUGGACGCCAGAGAGGAGCAAUGGGAGCAGCAGCCAAGUCCCAAGAACCCCAGAUAUCUGCUGGAUUUCACGAGUUAUCAUUAUCAGAAAGGGGAGGUCGUCGUAGAGAUUUUCAUGAUCUUGGUGUAAAUACAAGACAGAACCUAGACCAUGUUAAGGAAUCAAAGACAGGUUCUUCAGGCAUUAUAGUAAAAUUAAGUACUAACCAUUUCCGGUUGACGUCCCGUCCCCAGUGGGCCUUAUAUCAGUACCACAUUGACUAUAACCCACUGAUGGAAGCCAGGAGACUCCGUUCAGCUCUUCUUUUUCAACAUGAAGAUCUCCUUGGAAGGUGUCAUGCUUUUGAUGGAACAAUAUUAUUUUUGCCUAAAAGACUACAGAACAAGGUUACUGAAGUGUUCAGCCAGACCCGAAACGGCGAGCACGUAAGGAUAACUAUCACCUUGACAAAUGAGCUCCCUCCCACAUCGCCAACGUGUCUGCAAUUCUAUAACAUUAUUUUCAGGAGGCUUUUAAAAAUCAUGAAUUUGCAACAGAUUGGACGAAAUUAUUAUAACCCAAGUGACCCAAUUGAUAUUCCAAAUCAUAGGCUGGUGAUCUGGCCUGGGUUCACUACUUCUAUUCUUCAGUAUGAAAACAACAUCAUGCUGUGCACCGAUGUCAGCCAUAAAGUCCUCCGCAGUGAGACUGUCCUGGAUUUCAUGUUCAACUUUUAUCAUCAAACAGACGAAGAAAAAUUUCAAGAACAAGUUUCUAAAGAACUAAUAGGUUUAAUUGUUCUUACCAAGUACAACAACAAAACGUACCGAGUAGAUGACAUUGACUGGGACCAGAGUCCGAGGAGCACCUUCAAGAAGGCUGACGGCUCGGAGAUCAGCUUCCUGGAGUACUACAGAAAGCAAUACAACCAAGAGAUCACCGACUUGAAGCAGCCGGUCCUGGUCAGCCAGCCAAAGAGGAGAAGAGGCCCAGGGGGCACCUUGCCAGGGCCUGCUAUGCUCAUCCCUGAGCUCUGCUAUCUCACAGGUCUGACUAAUAAAAUGCGUAAUGAUUUCAAUGUGAUGAAAGACUUGGCCAUCCAUACGAGGUUAACGCCAGAACAGAGGCAGCGUGAAGUGGGGAAGCUCAUUGAUUACAUUCAUAGAGAUGAUAAUGUCCAGAGGGAGCUUCGAGACUGGGGUCUGAGCUUCGACUCCAACUUACUGUCCUUCUCUGGAAGAAUUUUGCAAGCAGAGAAGAUUCACCAAGGUGGAAAAACAUUUGAUUACAAUCCACAAUUUGCAGACUGGUCCAAAGAGACGAGAGGGGCGCCACUGAUUAGUGUGAGGCCGCUGGAUAACUGGCUGCUGAUCUAUACCCGAAGAAACUACGAAGCAGCCAAUGCACUGAUACAGAAUCUGUUUAAAGUCACACCAGCCAUGGGCAUACAAAUGAAAAAAGCAAUAAUGAUCGAAGUGGAUGAUAGGACCGAAGCCUAUCUAAGAGUCUUACAGCAGAAGGUUACAUCGGAUACCCAGAUAGUUGUUUGUCUGUUGUCAAGUAAUCGGAAGGACAAAUACGAUGCCAUUAAGAAAUACUUAUGCACGGAUUGCCCCACCCCCAGCCAGUGUGUGGUGGCUCGGACCUUAAGCAAACAGCACACUGUCAUGGCCAUUGCCACCAAGAUCGCCCUGCAGAUGAACUGCAAGAUGGGAGGAGAGCUGUGGAGGGUGGACAUGCCACUGAAACUCGCAAUGAUAGUUGGCAUUGACUGUUACCAUGACACCACAGCUGGACGGAGGUCAAUUGCCGGAUUUGUUGCCAGCAUCAAUGAAGGGAUGACCCGCUGGUUCUCCCGCUGCAUAUUUCAAGACAGAGGACAGGAGCUGGUGGACGGGCUCAAGGUCUGCCUGCAAGCUGCCCUGCGGGCUUGGAACAGCUGCAACGAGUACAUGCCGAGCCGGAUCAUCGUGUACCGGGACGGCGUGGGGGACGGGCAGCUCAAGACGCUGGUGAGCUAUGAGGUGCCGCAGCUCCUGGACUGCCUGAAGUCCAUGGGGAGAGGCUACAGCCCAAGACUGACAGUAAUUGUGGUGAAGAAACGAGUGAAUGCCAGAUUUUUUGCUCAGUCUGGAGGAAGACUUCAGAAUCCACUUCCUGGAACAGUCAUCGAUGUGGAGGUUACAAGACCCGAAUGGUAUGACUUUUUUAUCGUGAGCCAGGCUGUGAGGAGUGGUAGUGUUUCUCCCACACAUUAUAAUGUCAUCUACGACAGCAGCGGCCUCAAGCCAGACCACAUCCAGCGGUUGACGUACAAGCUUUGCCACAUCUACUACAACUGGCCAGGUGUCAUUCGCGUGCCGGCUCCUUGCCAGUAUGCCCACAAGCUGGCUUUCCUUGUCGGUCAGAGUAUACACAGAGAGCCAAACCUGUCACUGUCAAAUCGUCUCUACUACCUCUAA